AUGAGUAGAGGUACAAAUCUCUUUGUAGCAUUUUCUGUAUCAGGAAUAGUCUGGAUAGUUACUCUAUUCUUAUCAACUGGAUAUGUGAAGUAUUUAAGAAAAUAAAAGUAGUGAAGUUGUUAAAUCCAUGCCAACAUAUGCUUUGAUUUUGUAUUUCUCAUAUGCACUUUUUAAAGUCGGAGGCGAUUUGGCACGAUUAAAGGAUUAUCCUGAAGAGGCUUAGUCAUUAUAAAAGGAGGUGGAGGAGGCAAAACGCUUCUAUAAGGAGAAGGGAUUAAAAUUGUGA